CCUCCCCCCGUCCGCUCGUCCGGCCGCGCCGCGCCGUGCGCGACCCAAUCUACCACGCCACUUACCUCCCGUCCCGUCUCGUUCUCGUCGCACCUCGCCACGCCCGCAGAGAGAGGGGGCGCGCUCGCUCGAGCCGUGCGCGCCAGCCAGCGCCAUGGCCUCGGACCAACAGGCCCUCCCGGUCCCGGUCCCGGUCCCCGUCCCGCCCAACCCUAACCCGACCGCACCAGCCGACCUGACCCCGCCCUCGGCGUCCGCCGCGCGCAAGCUCCCCAUCAAGCGGCGCUCCCCGCGGCCGUCGUCCUCGCCCCCGUCCUCUUCUUCCCCGGCCUCCUCCGACCCGCUCCGCGCGCCCGGCGGCGGCGGCGGAUCCGACCAGCAGCAGCCGCCCUUCAAGUUCCAGCGCAUCUGGUCCGAGUCCGACGAGCUCCGCUUCCUGCAGGGCCUCCUCGGCUGCGGCACGCAGGGCCUCGUCUUCCCGCGCGACCUCAACGUCUUCUACGACCGCUUCUCCGAGUCCAUGCCCCAGCCCUACACCCGCGCCCAGCUCUCGGAGAAGCUCCGCCGCCUCAAGAACAAGUUCCGCAGCAUGUCCGCGCGCGUCGCGGGAGGCAUAGACCCGGCCCGCCUCGCGCCGCACGACCGCGACGUGCUCCACCUCUGCUCCAGGCUGUGGGACCCCGCCAACGCCGCCACCUCGCCCUUCGCGGCCAGCGCCGGAACGUCGGGGAACAAGCGCCGCCGCUCCAACCCGCGUGGCACGCCCCCAGACGCGUCUGGGGAUAGCAACUCCCAUGACUACAAUGGGAUUAGCUCCUCUGCUCCCGGUUUGUUUCCGGAUGGUUCCAACGGCGAGGAUACGUUUUACCUUGAGCAAGAAAGCGGGCAGCUGGGCAAUCAUGAAGGCGCUGCUCUUGUAGCAGAUAGCAAAUUCGAUGUUGUGGUGCAGGAGCAGCCUGAGGCCGUGGUUACUCUCCCGAAUGGGAACAACGGAAUUGGCAGUGAGAUGAGUGCGGAGUGUAAAACGGUGGUGCCGUGCAGCAACGAGCACCGAAUGGCAAAUGCUGUCCUAGAUGUGUUUGAGGAAUGCCUGAGGGAGGCAAAGAGUAACGGGAUUAUCAAUGGUGGCAAUGUGGAGAGCGAGCUCUCCAAGCGGUGGAGAGCACAGAGGAUGGAUGAGCUUGAUGUCUUGAGCCGGAGGCUGAGGUUGCUCGUCGAGUAUGCUGCAGCGGCUGGGCAUUGAAGCUUAGAUUUUGGUGGUUUUGGUGAUGUGCCUCCCACCAUUUGCCCCUUUGUUGUGUAUAGAACCUAGGUUAUUGUGCUAUGCUUUGUAAUGUCUUCCUCAGCUGGACCCUUAGAAAGCCUACUAUAUUUGCCUAUGUACCCCUCGUGUUUAAUAAUUUGAGCAGCAUAAUAA